GCCAGCUUCUUCGGCUCUUUCCAGGUACCCUGGCAGCAUUGGCAGCCUCCAAAGGCUUUAGGAUGCUGGGCCCGGCGGGGUUAGGCCUGCCCACGUGAUCCUCGGCGCCCGCUCCUGCUGCUGACCCACCAUGCUGCGCUCCUGGCGCGUGAAGCUGAAGCUGCUGCUCGCCACGGUGACCCUGGCCGUCCUCCUCUCCUGGCUCUACUUCUUUGUGGGCAGUCUUGAAUACGGCCGCUUCCUCCUGCUGCCACCGUGCCUGGGCGAGCAGCUGAGCCAGGACGUGGAGCGCGAGGCGCUGGCGUCGCAGGUGCGCAGGGUGGAGGAGGAGAACCAGCAGCUCCGCCUGCAGCUCGGCCAGGCGCAGGCGGACGGCAGCGAUGGCAGCCCUCCAUGGGGAGCCUCCGCCGAGGACGGGGAGAGCAGCAACCGCACGGCCUGCCCCAAGCAGCGGACGGUGCACAAGUGUGAGCUCCUGCACGUAGCGAUUGUGUGCGCUGGGCACAAUGCCAGCAGGGAUGUGGUCACCCUGGUGAAAUCCAUCCUCUUCCACAGGAAAAAUCCUCUUCAUUUUCACCUCAUCACCGACUCAGUGGCUCAGCAGAUCCUCCAGACACUCUUCCAGUCCUGGAUGGUGCCCUCUGUCCACGUCAGCUUCUACAACGCCGAGGACUUGAAGCCAGAGGUGUCCUGGAUCCCCAACAAGCACUACUCAGGCAUCUAUGGGCUGAUGAAGCUGACGCUUGCCAAGGCGCUGCCCUCCAGCCUCUCCAAGGUCAUCGUCUUGGACACUGACAUCACCUUCGCCACCGACAUUGCUGAGCUCUGGGCCAUCUUCGGGAAGUUCUCUGACAAGCAGGUGAUUGGGCUGGUAGAGAAUCAAAGCGACUGGUAUUUGGGCAACCUCUGGAAGAACCACAAACCGUGGCCCGCUCUGGGACGUGGCUUCAACACGGGAGUGAUCCUGCUGCUGCUGGAGCGCCUGCGGCGCCUGGGCUGGGAGCAGACGUGGCGGCUGACGGCGGAGCGGGAGCUCAUGAGCAUGCUCUCCACCUCGCUGGCUGAUCAGGACAUCUUUAAUGCGGUUAUCAAGCAGGACCCAGCCCUGGUGUACCGGCUCCCGUGCUUCUGGAACGUGCAGCUCUCUGAUCACACCCGCUCCGAGCAGUGCUACACUGAGGUCUCGGAUCUCAAGGUGAUCCACUGGAACUCCCCCAAGAAGCUGCGGGUGAAGAACAAGCAUGUGGAGUUCUUCCGCAACCUCUACCUGACUUUCCUGGAGUACGAUGGGAACCUGCUGCGCAGGGAGCUCUUCGGCUGUGCCAGCCUCCCCAGCCCUCCAAGCGACCAGCUGCAGCAGGCGCUGGAGGAGUUGGACGAGGAUGAUCCCUGCUAUGAUUUCCGCCGGCAGCACCUCACACAGCACCGUGUCCAUCUCUUCUUCCUGCAGUAUGAGUUUCCAGCUCUUAUUGAUCCCACCGAUGUCACCCUCGUGGCCCAGCUCUCCAUGGACAGGUUACAGAUGUUGGAGGCUAUCUGCAAGCACUGGGCAGGCCCCAUCAGCCUAGCACUGUACAUGUCCGAUGCAGAGGCUCAGCAGUUCCUGCGCUAUGCCCAGGCCUCGGAGGUGCUCAGCGCCCGCCGCAAUGUCGCCUACCACAUCGUCUACAAGGAGGGCCAGUUCUACCCCAUCAACCUCCUGCGCAACGUGGCCUUGGCCAACACACAGACGCCCUAUGUCUUUCUGACAGACAUUGACUUCCUCCCUAUGUACGGCCUGUACGAUUACCUCAGGAACUCUAUCCAGCAGCUGGAGCUGCCCAACAGGAAGGCAGCUCUUGUUGUGCCAGCCUUUGAGACCCUGCACUACCGCCUGACCUUCCCCAAAUCCAAAGCAGAGCUGCUCUCCAUGCUGGACAUGGGCUCUCUCUACACCUUCAGGUAUCAUGUGUGGCCAAAAGGCCAUGCCCCAACUGACUAUGCCAAGUGGCGGACGGCCACCGUGCCAUACCGUGUUGAGUGGCAGCCAGACUUCGAGCCUUACGUUGUAGUGAGGCGAGACUGCCCCAAGUACGACCAGAGGUUCGUGGGCUUUGGCUGGAACAAAGUGUCCCACAUUAUGGAGCUGGAUGCACAGGAGUACGAGCUGCUGGUCCUGCCCAACGCCUUCAUGAUCCACAUGCCCCACGCCCCCAGCUUCGACAUCUCCAAGUUCCGCCUGAGCGCGGGCUACCGAGGCUGCCUGCAGACGCUGCGCGAGGAGUUCCACCAGGACCUGUCGCGCAAGUACGGCGCCGCCGCGCUCAAGUACCUCACCGCCGAGCGGGGCCUGUGACGCCGGGGGCAGCAGUGUGGGGCGCUGGCAGCGGGCUGCAGCGGGGAGGCUGCAGGGCCUCCCGCCCGCCCUGGCCAACCUCCAUAGCCUUGCCUGAGGAAACCGAGCGGGCGGCGCAGCCUCUCCAGCCCGGGGACGGG